AUGGAUUUAUUAAAUCUGCCUGUUGUUAUGGUUGAGAACAUACUAUCAUAUCUUUCUUACGACGAGAUUGCGAAGAAUAGACUGGUGUCAAAAGCCUUCAAUGAGGUAUGCAUGCGGAUGUUAAACAGAGGUUUCCUGAUGAUUGAGAGGAGACACGCCCUGUCCCUAAAGAGUGUGAAGUCGCAGUUGCCACGUAGAGAGUCUGAACGAAGAUAUCACCCGUUGGCGAGACAUUGCGAUAUUCUCACAUCGAUAGAAACGCGAAUAUCGAUGCUAAAUAUGACAUACUCAAAAUUCAUCGACAACGGAAUUUGCUGUUUCAUUCCGGGGAAGGUCAUAGACGAGAUCAGACGCGUCCUUAUACUAGUGGAGACUUCAAAAACUCCACCCAGGGCCCACGAAGUGCUGCAGGAGUUGCGUGAUAUAUCUAGUAUGGCUAUAGAACAUUUCGAUGACAAAAUCUCCCCCGCCUUCCGCAAACGUUUGCAGGAGGGUGUGGUUCAGCCAGCGCCGAGACCAUCACACACUGUCCUGGCUCCACUUGCAAUGCCUCAAGAGAUUCUACAACUCAGGAGGAGAUCCAUACUCAACGCGAAACUGUCCUUGUACCUAGCCUCGCAGUACAAGAAGUUCUAUAAACGGAUGCUGGUGUACAAGCGUAUUGCUUGGGGACAGCAAAAGAUGAUUAGAGGUCUAUCCCAGCGACAGAGGGACCAAAACGCCGCUAUUGCGGAUUUAAAGAAACGUAUAGAAGAGUGUGAUAUUAAGUACAGUGAACUAACACAUACGAAUCAGGCUGUCGGAGGAAAAGCGAUUUCUGCAAAUGCAGCUAGUGAGGCCUCAUCAUCGCCACAGCCUUUGAGGCAUUUCGGCAGUCAGAUCAAACUGGACCUGUCCGUUUUACCCAUAGGUACAUCAAAGCGGAACCAAAAUAAAUUAUUACCAAACAUAAAGCCCCGCAAGCCGCUAAUAAAUCUACCCAGCAUAUCGGAGGGCGACUUGGAGCAUCCGAAACAGAAAAACCGUCAAUGUAGCCCAGUCCCAUCGACAUCAACAAGCCAGAGCCCGAGGGCCAAGACCCAGUCGACGAUCGCCAAAAUUCGAGGUAUCACCAACGAAAUAAGGCACCUGAGCAAUCUGUCCAAGAGUUUCGAGCGGAAACUCAAGCGUCCGCUCAACCUCGGCCUUCAAGAUUACUUGGAAACUGAUAGCAAGAAGCAGAAGUUAGAUUAA